GUCAUGUAUGCCCAUAGACCGUCCCAUUCGUUCUUCACCAAAGAUGUUAACAGAACCAGCCAGAUGGUCUCAGCGAGCGAGCGAGAGAGAGAGAUGCAGGAAACGAGGGCUCUGAGCAGCUCCGCCAUGGAAGCUAUAGCGGAGAGGUUAUCUUCGAUGGAGAACCUCUAUUUUCCAGUCGCAGUCCAAGAAACCGCUGUCAACGCUUCGCAACGAAAGUCCAUUCUCCUCAACCUCCUCUCUAAAGACGCUGCCGUUUUCUUAGAGCGUUAUGGAUCGAAACUGACUAGCGAAGAGCUUCAAGGAUUUGAUGUCUUAAACGACGAUUAUGAAGUGAAUUGGCACCUAAAGCAUUUCCGUAGCUUACUUAGUCCUACUGCGGAGGAGGUCCGUUCUCGAUCGGUGAAAGUGAAGAAUCGUCGACUUGCUUACUUGAAUAAGCUUAUCAACGAGGGGCUCUACUUCUCUGAGGAUGCGAUGAGGGAGAGGGAGCCGUAUUUACAUCAUGAGUAUGUGGGGAAAUUUCAGGAUCCUACGGGCAGGAGUAUGGCCCGUACGGGGGAACGGUGGUCGGAGACGCUGAUGCGGAGGUCGGAAGAAGCAAUUUUGAUUGCGAAGAUUAGAGGAGAGCAGCAAAGGUUGGGUGUUCCUGAGAAGGACUGGGUCGGCAAUGAAAGAAACCUAGAAAACGAGGAGGAGGAAGAAGAAGAAGAAGAAGAAGAAGAAGAAGAACAGGAGGAGGAGGAGGAGGAGGAGGAGGAGGAGGAGGAAGAGGAAGAAGAAGGCGAUAAGGGGAAGGAGAAUCCGCUUAGUUCGGAGGCAGCCAAUGCAACCAAUGCUGUGCAGCACGCUGGUAUGGAGCCAUGUGAGGAAUCAACUGUAUCUGCCGCAGAGAUGCAAGAUCAGAUGGAGCAAUUCAUCCACAUAAUGCAACAGAAGUUUUUGUCAGGGGAAGACACACAGCAUUUAGACUACUCUAAAAUAGAUGAUGACGAGACACUAGAUGAUCACUGGAUGAGGGAGGCCAAUCAUGAUGCCGAGGAAAAAUAUUUUGCCGAGGAUGAUGAAUAGCAGAACGAUCAGGAUCUCUAUUUGAGGCUUCACAUGUAGCUGACUGUUUAUAACUAGAGCAGAUUUUCUCCUUUAAAAAUAUCUUCCUUUUUCCUCCCUCCCAACUUCCCCCCCCCCUGUGCAAAAGAAAUUCCUGUAAUUAAAUCCUCUGCGUGUUUCGUGUCUAUAAAUUAGUGUCAUUACUUCUGUCAUCAGUUUAAUGAUAGAGAAGCUAGUUGUUCUUGGGUUUCUGGUUAAUGGUGCCCAAUUAAACCAA